AUGGAUAACGUCCUCCCUGUGGACUCAGACCUCUUCCCCAACAUCUCCACCAACACCUCAGAACCCAAUCAGUUCGUGCAGCCGGCUUGGCAAAUUGUCCUUUGGGCAGCUGCCUACACGGUCAUCGUGGUGACCUCCGUGGUGGGCAACGUGGUGGUAAUGUGGAUCAUCUUAGCCCACAAAAGAAUGAGGACAGUGACCAACUACUUCCUGGUGAACCUGGCCUUCGCCGAAGCCUCCAUGGCUGCAUUCAACACCGUGGUGAACUUCACCUAUGCCGUCCACAAUGAGUGGUACUACGGCCUGUUCUACUGCAAGUUCCACAACUUCUUCCCCAUCGCUGCUGUCUUCGCCAGUAUCUACUCCAUGACGGCCGUAGCCUUCGAUAGUGAUGUUGUUACUGCCUAUGAGGUGUUUGUCUCCAUCUCAUCUCCCUGCCUGCUGGACUACAAGCUCUAUGAAAACAAGAAUGCUUUGCAGCUUCCUGUCCCAAGCACCUACACAAGGUUGAGCCUGAGAAUCUGCAUCUCUAACAAGCCUCCAAAGGUCACUGGUAUAGCUCAGCAUUUGAGGUACCACAUCUGUGUCACCGUGCUGAUCUACUUCCUCCCCCUGCUGGUAAUCGGCUAUGCCUACACUGUGGUGGGGAUCACACUGUGGGCCAGUGAGAUCCCUGGGGACUCCUCAGAUCGGUACCAUGAGCAAGUCUCUGCCAAGCGCAAGGUGGUGAAAAUGAUGAUCGUCGUGGUGUGCACCUUUGCAAUCUGCUGGCUGCCCUUCCACAUCUUCUUCCUCCUGCCCUACAUCAACCCGGAUCUCUACCUGAAGAAGUUUAUCCAGCAGGUUUACUUGGCUAUCAUGUGGCUGGCCAUGAGCUCCACCAUGUACAACCCCAUCAUCUACUGCUGCCUAAAUGAUAGGUUCCGUCUGGGCUUCAAGCAUGCCUUCCGAUGCUGCCCUUUCAUCAAUGCUGGUGACUACGAGGGGCUAGAGAUGAAAUCCACCCGGUACCUCCAGACCCAGGGCAGUGUGUACAAGGUCAGCCGCCUGGAGACAACUGUCUCCACUGUGGUAGGGGCCCAUGAGGAGGACCCAGAGGAGGCCUCCAAGGCUACACCCUCCUCCAUGGACCCGACCUCCAAUGGCUCCUCUCGCAGCAACUCCAAGACCAUGACAGAGAGCUUCAGCUUCUACUCUAACAUGCUGUCCUAA